AUGGUCAAAACUUAUUUGGACUACAAAGUUGAUGCUCGUGGUGGGGCUAUUUCAACUGCCAACAUUCUUUAUUUCAAUACUAAACAAAUAUUAGUUGUACGUAAUAAAACAGUCAUUUUAUUGAAUACAAGGACAAAUACUAUUGAACGUAAAUAUGUUUGUGAUGAAGAAAUAUCAGUAAUUGCUGUAGACGAUGAAAGAAACCACAUCGCUGCAGGAACUGUAGAUGGAAAAGUUAAUAUCUUUUCAUGUUUAGAUGGAGAAUUACUUGUUACAUUCAGUGGACAUCGUACAGGAGUUAGAAUUCUUGAGUUUAGUGAAAACGGAGAAAUGGUGUUAUCCGUUGCAAAUGAACCAGAAAUUGUAGUUUGGGACAUUGUUAGAGAAGAAGGUGUUUGUCGUUUUAGAGGACACCUUAACAUGAUUCAAGGUGCAGUAUUUAUUCCAGGGUUUGUUGUUUCUGUUGGAGAUGAUGGAUUAGUAAAAGUGUGGGAUUUAGAAAUUCAACAAUGUCGACAAACAAUAGUUGGACAUCGUGCAGCUAUUAAAGCAGUUAUUGAAUUAGAAGAUAAUAUUUUGUUAACAUCAACAAUUGACGGCAAAUUACGUAUUUUACAACGUGUUGAUAAUGAAGAUGAUAUAUUGGAAAUUAAAGGUGAAGGAGUACUUGCUAUUGGAGGAGAUGUAGAAGAAUUUACAAAGAAAGGAAAAGUUCUUGGGAUGAGAGUGAAUAAUGGAACUUUGGGAUAUAGUGAAAUUAUUACAUCAAAUGAACGACUUCAAUCAAAGAAAAGAAAAAAAAGACUUGAGGACGGAGAGUUUUUAUUAACUGACUACGUUACCUUAAGACAUGCCAUGAAAUUGAAUACUGCAAUAAAGUCUAUUUGUGUUGGAGAUGAUGGGUUAAUGGUUGUAGCUAUUACAAAUGGAUUUAAAGAGUAUAGAUAUAAAGAUUGGAAUCCUGCACCUCUUCAAGAUCAUUACAGACCAGAUGCACGAGUGGUGUUAGUUUCUGAUGACGAUAUCAAAGUUGCAUGCAUUGGAGAUGGGAAUUGUUCUAUUUGGAAUCCAAAUGGAACUAAUUUAGGAAGUAUUGAUUGUGGAAGAGCAAAUACAGCAACAUUCUUACCUGGAGGAAGAUUUAUUGCAAUCGGUACUGUUGGUGGAUCAAUUGAAAUUAUUGAUACAGCUGCAUCUGUUGUCAUUGGAUCAAUGACUGCUCAUUCUGGAGAAAUUACUGUUAUUAAACCAUGGAAAGGAGGAGAUAUGAUUGGAUUAGUAAGUGGUGGAAAAGACAAACAAGUGAGACUAUGGAUGGUUGAUGUUCUUACUGAUGAAGAUGGAAAGAAAUGUGUUACACUAACAAAAGAAAAUGAAUGGGAAAUGGAUGAUUCAAUUCUUAACUUAACUGUGUCAAAACAAGUUCUUGCUGUUGCUAUGAUGGAUAACACAGUAAAAGUAUAUAAAUUGCCAACGAUGCAAUUUUAUUUAUCAUUGUAUGGCCAUAAUUUACCUGUUACUGCAUUAGACAUUAGUGAUGAUAAUAAUAUAAUUAUUACUGGAAGUGCUGAUAAAUCAAUUAAAGUUUGGGGAUUACAAUAUGGUGAAUGUAUUAAAACAUUUAAGGGACAUGAAGAUUUAAUUACUGGAAUUGCCUGUAUUCCAAGAACACAUUAUUUCUUUUCUGUUUCAAGAGAUAAGUCAUUGAGGUAUUGGGAUGCUGAUAAACAAAUUCAAAUUAAAACAUUCAAAGAACAUAACGCUGGAAUUCUUUCAAUGGGAUGUUCUACUUUUGGUGAUUACAUUGUUUCAUCAUCAGCUGACCAUUCGUUUAUUGUUUGGAUGCGUUCAAAAGAACAAAUUUUUGUUGAAGAAGAAGAAAAUAAACAACUUACUCAACAUUUUAAUGAUGAAGAAUUAAAACAAUUAGAUUUUGUUGAUAGAAAUGCUCCAGAUAGAUUAGACACUAGUGAAGCAUCAAGAAAAACAAUAGAAACAAUUAAAGAUGCAGAAGAUUUAAUGGCGGUAUUAGAUUUAGUUACUAAAGAAGAUUUUUCUAUAAAAGGAUAUGAAGAAGAAUUGGCACAAUGGAAUCUCAAUCCUGUUGGUGAUAAACCACAACCACCUGAGCCAAAUAUUUUAUUGUGUGGAUUAUCGCCAAGUGAUCAUUUAUUGAAACUAGUUGGUAAAAUUUCUCCAUCAAAUUUACAACAAACAUUAUUAAUGUUACCAACCAGUAACGCUAUUCUUCUCUUAAGGUGGGUUGUUGAUUGGUUAGAAAAAGAUAAACGAAUAUUAAUGGAUGUUACUAUUGCAAGUUUCUUAUGUAAAGUUCAUUACUCUUAUUUUUCAGGAUCAAAAGAUGCCUCACUGAUUGAAAUGCUUGAAAAACUAGCCAGUUUAUGCAAAUCAAGAAUUGAAAAAUUACGUUUAACAACAGCAACUAAUUUAGAACUCUUAAAAGUAGUUGAUUUAGAAUUGAAUGAUAAAAAUUGA